AUGCCGCCAGCAAAGCGGAAAUCAGCCGGUGGGGCGGGAUCAAAGAACAAAUCUUUGAAGUCAAAUCCUGCUGUCAGCCAGCACCCGCACAUUGCGCAGAUCACUGAUUGGCUCCGUGAUACGGUCCUCACUUCUGGUGGCCCUGACCGACAUUUGAAUGCCAAGUAUGCUACCAAGGACAGGGUUAGUAGCGAAAUUUUGCUCAACAAACGGUUUUUCACAUGCAAUGCCAGGGUAUCCUACUGCCGUGAGAUCUGUGCCGGCCCACAACUCCUCCGGCCGUACCAUUUGUGUUGGUUUCGAACGGAUCCUAGUCUCCCCGGGGUCGAAGCCUUGGCUGUGACUCAGCCAGACAGCGCUUUCCUGGAGAGCAAGUACACAGCAUUGCCACCCUUGGAUGAUGCUUGCGAUCUGCCCCCACCAUUUUCGGUGGGAUUUGUGAAGGGUUGGAGACGCUCAGUGACGUGCUUGGUGGUUGCCGAUGCAAUUCGGGCCCUGGAUAUCGACUUUGCAAGUUUGACGCGAGAAUACAAGGAGUCGAUGAGGACCGUCCAUGCUACGAUGGGGCGGUAUUCGCAUGUCUCAGAUCAGGUGCUGGCCACACGAGGCAUCACAGCAAGUGCUGGCCUGCGACGUCCUCCCAAUGCAUUCAACUUCUUGAGGCAACACGAGGCGUGGGAGAGUGCUGGUCAAGUGGCAAAAGCCUUUGCCAUUGGACGUUUGGAAGCCGCUGCCGUCUUGAAUCUGACCCAGAACAUUCGCCACGAGAUGGUUGUCCGACUACGAGACGCAGUCAGACUUCGUGGUAUGCGUGCUUUUUGCACGCACGAGUGCAUUGCCAAGGAGGUGUUCAAUCUAUUGUUUACUUCUGGAACUGGUGCUUUGGAGCCUUGGGCUGGGCAACUCGCCAACAGGGAGGACAAUGCCAUUGUGUCUUUAAUGAUCGACCGAAUGUGUGGAGACUUUGACCGACUGCCAGUGGCAUUGAGGAAACCUUGGGGUUUCAAAGACACUGUGGUGUUACAUUCCGCAUGUGGCGGCUUCUUGCAUUUCAUGCGUUUGUUGAGGGAGAAGGUCCCCGCAACGGAGUUUGCGAAGUUUGAGAAAACUAUGACUGACCAAUUCAUGCUUGGUGUCCUCGACCCUGAUAUCCUGCAUGCACUGGAUGCAACGGCACCACCCUCUUCCCUGGAUGCUGUGGGCUUCUUGAGGAAUGUCGCGGUUGAGAUCGACAAGCAGCUCGCUCGGGAGCUGGAAGAGAAGGACAGGGAACUUGCGGAGCGUGUUGCUGAGGCCACGCUGGCGCAGUUGAAGUCACAGAUUAUCACCGACAUGGAGAUCCUCAAGCAGCUGCUUCCAAGCCCGGACAAAGAGGCCCACGAAGCAAGUCUGGACAUAAAGAAGGGGCAGGAGUACGUCAAGAAUUGGAUGGAGAAAAACUGCAAGUUUUCCAUUGUGGCCGAGAAUUCCAUGGCCAACCCAGUUCGCGAUUUUUCCAAAUUCACUUCAGAUCAGCAAACCACGGGCAUGAUGUACACUCUGGCAGUUCUGGACGCCACUGUCUUCCCAGCCAACGGGAUGGUCAUGAAGUCUGCACUGGAGACCUUGGGCUUGGUUUUGAAUCUGGGGCCACAGAACCUUGGGCAUAUCCAGCUACCCAUCUCGCAGAGCAACACAACUUCUGGUGCAAUGGUCAAACACAGACGCACAAUAGAAGAUUUCUUCCUGUCCAAUGCGAUUGACAUCUCGCAGCCUGUGGGAUUACAUCUGCGGAAGCCGGCAGAUGCCCACGCUUCGGACAGGCGUGGCUGCUUGCAAGGUUGCUUGGCCGUUUGUCAAGAUUCGAAAAAAAGUUCAUGGAUACCGCCAGUGUUGAUUGGCCCCCUGGACUUGGUGAAAGUCUCGGACAUGAUUGGCUACGACGCGGAUCAGCGACCAGGCGCCAGUGCCAGGGCUGAACAGAAGGGUGUGGCGGUCCAUGCUGCCAUCCUUGAAGCUUAUGCACGCGGAGUGGAGCUGAGUGCAGAUGACAAGCUGGUUUGUUUCGACCUUCUCCCAAACAGGUAUGCUGAAUUUGCAAGGGCCGUGGUCCAACGCAGAUUGGAGCGCAGACAGCCAGAAUUUGCCUACUUCGGAGUGAUCAGAGAGAACCAGAGAGACACAAUUAUUGCCUUGGAGGAGCAAGUCUUCAAUGCGUGGGACAACGGACCUGAGGCGCCGCCAAAGACUCGAACCAGGGAUGCAGCUGGCACACCAAAUCUCAAGAUUUUGAUUUGGAAUGAUGGUGCGCCAAAAUUUCCAGAUCAUGUCCUCACCAAGUUCCCGGAAGGAACGAGUCACAAUGCAGAGAUCAAGAAGCUCCAGGCUGAACUGGAAAGUGAUUGGCCAGCGACCAGGACUGGGGUUCCGUCCAACCCUGCUCCGAGCAGAACUCAGAGCCGAGCCACAGGAUUGCCAGAUUUCACUGGCGAAGAUGUUUUGGAGAUCAGCCGCGAAGUGGAUCUUGCAAAGCUGUCAGCGGACGAUUUCAAUGUGGAGCAGUUACCCGAUUUAUUUAUUGUCAAUCUGAUUCAAUUUAGGAAUAGCCAGAGGACCCAACUGUUCCCAGGUUACCAUGUUCGGUUCUGA